GCGCGUUCGUUGAGACGCGGUGAAAGACUUGGCCUUGCGUCGGGGCAACCAUGUCGGGUACCAACGAAGAAGUGCUUGUCAAGCAACUCCGCCGAGUCGUCCGCAAACUCCUCACUGUCAAGCUCUUUCAAAAGGGCACACACUUUCUACAGCUUGGCGUCCAUGUUGACAUCAACGAGCGGCCCGAGGGUGGGGAUGGGCAAGAGUCGAGCGCGCUCGACCUCGCCUGGGCCGCCUUUGCUGGCAAUCUUGACGACAUCACCGAGCUGGUGACCGAGGCGAGCGUCGACAUUAACGGCCGCGACGCCCGUGGCCGCACUCCGCUCCACUGGGCCUGCGUCCAGUCCAAGCCCGAGGUCCUACAAUGGAUGCUCGAGGCUGGCGCUGAGUUUGAGGUCGCCGACACAGUCGAUUUCACGCCGCUCAUGCUGGCGUCCAUGCACGGCAACGUCGACGCAGUCAAGCUCCUGCUAGCUGCCGGCACAGACCCGACGCGGACCGACCAGGAGGGCUUCUCCGCCCUCCACUGGGCCACUUCCCAGGCGCACUCGGACAUCAUCCCGCUGCUCAUUGCUGCCGGCGCAGACGUCAACGAGCGUGACUCCAAGAACCGGACCUCGCUCAUGAUUGCUGCAGGCAGCGGCAAAGUCCGUACCAUGAUGCGGCUCCUCGAGGCUGACGCCGACCCCGCCAUGGUCGACGCCGAGGGCCACACUGCGCUUCACUGGGCCGUGGGCAACAACCACUCGGCACUUGUUGAGAAGCUCGCCCGCAAGUUCCCCGACAUUGUCAAUGUGGCCAACGACCAAGGCAACACUCCGCUGCACUUUGCCGCCUAUGAGGGUUACCUCGCCUGCGUCUCGGUCCUCGUCAAGGCCGGCGCCAACCCGGCGAAGGCAAACGUCGAGCAGUGCACUCCGCUUCACUGGGCCGCCGCCACAGGCCGUACCCGGAUCUGCGAGAUCCUCUGCUCCGCCAACGCAUCCAUCAACGCUGUCGACGUCGACGGGCGCACCGCUCUCCAAGAGGCUGCCCUCAAUGAGCACUACCCGACCUGUAAGAUCCUGCUUGACGGUGGCGCCGAUCCCAACGUUGCCGACCCCCAGGGGCGUACAGUCCUCCACUUUAUGGGCGCGUCCGGCGACGUCCGCACCAUCAAGCUCUUUGUCGCCUCGGGCGCAGACGUCGACGCUCGCGACGCCGGCGGCGGCACCGCACUCCACUGCGCCGCCUUUGCCGGACAGCUCGAUGCCAUGAAGCGCCUCGUCGCGGCAAAGGCCGAGACCAACGUGGCCGACGCCGGCAAGCGCACCCCACUGCACUGGGCGGCGUAUCGCGGCUCCGAGAAGGCCGUUGCGCUGCUUCUUCUCCGCGGCUCGGCAAAGGUCAACCCGCUUGACGACCAGUUCAAAACCCCGCUCGACUACUGCCUCUCCGAGGAUUCUGAGGGCACGGCAGAGCUCGCCACCAAGAUGCGCAACCAGGGCGCGCGGACAGGGUCCGAGAUUGCCACUCUGGCUGCGGUCACCAUUCAGGCGGCCUGGCGCGGCCACGCAACACGCACCCACCUUGCCGCCACCGCCGCCACCGCCGACUCGGCUUCGGUCUCAGCCUCGGCGUCGGCUGAUCUUGACGCUUCUGACGCAUCCAUGGAGCUGCGCUCGUCGGCUGCCGCCGCCUUCCAGUCGGCUGCUGCGCUAUCCAUCUGCGACGCGUCCGGCCCGCUCUCCGACGUUGGCUCGGCUAGCCAAGCCACUUCCCAAGCCGCCUCGAGCGACGACGUCCUACCUGAGCCCGCCAGCGAGGGGGCUCCCACCGCAGAGCACUCCUUGAGUGACACCGACAGCGAUGCUGCCGACGGCGAUGCUGCCGACAGCGACACCGGCACCGAGUCGCUGCGUGAGCCCCAGACCGAGCCGGCGACUGACGACGAGCUCGUCGCCGCCUAUGAUGACUUUCUUGCCGCUGUUGUCAGCACCGAUCCCAAGCAAAGCGUCGAAGAGCUUCUCGAGUUUGACGGCGUGGCUACGGUGGUCGAAGCGCUUCGGGCCCGUGGCAAAUCUGCUGCAGCUGAUGCGCUGCUGUCGACUUCCUCGAUCUCCGAGCUUGAAGCCGCCAUGCUCGCGGCUGUCGAACCGCUUGUUCAGCCUCAGCUCACCCCUGAUGCCUUUGCUUCUGCUCCUUCCGCCCGUCGCCGCGAGCUUGCCCGCGUGCUUGCCAGCAAGCUGGCGAGCGCAGGCUAUGCCGACGCGGCAGGAGCUCUCGCCGAGCAGAUCGGAGAAGACGAUACCGAUGGCGAGUCACCCGAGCUCGAGGUUGCGUUUGAGGCCGGCCUCCUCGCACUUGACGGCGCUGUGCCCGCAGCGCAGGAGCUCGACGUCAGAUUCUUUCGCGCUGCCGGGCGGCUCCGCAAGCCGACAGCCGAGGCUGCAGCCAGUGACGCAGCUGCCCUCGCGGAGAGUGGGCGCGGCAUUGUGGCGCGACUCGCACUCGCAGGCGAGUGCGAGGGCGCGGCAGACCUACGCGCUACCCUCGACGUCAUUGAGACGACGAAAGACGCGCUUACUGAGCUCGAUGACUCCGCUUCUUCCGAUGGCCUAGCCGCGCUCCUCGCUACCCUCCGUGGGCAAGUCAACGAGGCGGUGGACAUUGUCGACGCCUUUGGAGGCGUCUACUACCGCAACAACCUGAGUGCCCCGGACGCCGCUGGACGAGUCUUCCCGCGCGUUGCGGCACGACUUGCGCUCGCCACACCGGACGAGCUGCAUGAUGCACCGCUCGAUGCCCGACUCCGACGGGCUGUCCGGGUUGCUCAGGACGAGCUCGCUGGCGAGGCGGACGACCUGGUGGAGCAGCUCGACGACGCUCUUGCUGACGUGGACAUGGCCUACGCUCACAUCCUGAGCGGGGAGAGCCCGAGCGAGAGCGAGGGCGACCUCCACGACGCGCUGGGCCGCCUGGUAGCAGCAAUGGAGGAUGCCGAGGCGUGCAUCGGCAAGCCGAGCGACACCGAGGCCGCACCCGAAUCCACCAGCGAGCUCCUCUGCGCCCUGCUGGCAGACAGGACGACGUCACCCGAGGCCGUCCUCACACUGCGCGACGCGGUGCUUGGGCUGGCAAGCUCGCUUUCCCCACAAUCUGACGCUGCGAGCGCACUGCGCGCUACUAUGACCCGCCUGUUGGCGGCGGCCGAUGCGGCGGCCGAGUCCGGCGUGCCGUUUGUCGAGAACGCAGCAGCACAACUUGUUGAACUUCAUCGGCUGAGCCAUGUGGCGGCCGCCGAGCGGGAGAUGACGCUUGGUCUACCACCGCAAGAGGUGCGAGCCCGGUACUUUGGGCUAUCGCCGAGCAACGGCGCAAGCACCGACGCGCUUGUAGGUGCGCUCAUCGGCCAGCUGGACAACCUUGCCCGUGUCUCGGGCAACGACGCAGCGCGGGAGGUUGGAAGCGUGCUUGAAGGAGCAGUGCGAGAGCUUGCCCAAGCGGAGAAGAGUGGAAACGUCGAGGCGCGAGCUAAGGCCAAGACUCGACUCGACGCCAAGAUGAUGCAGGCGGCCAUGGUGUGCGCCGACGACGUGCCGAGGGUGGAAGCCAUGUCGACCGAGAAGCUACUGAGCUCGCUCACCAAUGCCCGCGCGCUGAUGGCCGGCCAGUGGAGCAUCGACCAAGUCACUGAGGCCUCCGCGCAGGUCCGCAACACCGUUGCGAUUGUCUCUGCGCUUGUUGAGUCACAAGCUCAGGGUCGUACCGAGUUUGAGCGGCUGGCGGAGCUAGAGUCCUCUACGUCACGGCUCGACGCGGCGGUGGACGCGCUGAGUCACUCGGCGCCUGAAGACGUGCCACAUGCAGUCAACAUGACUGCGCUCGCGCUCGAUGCUGUCCAGGACCAAGUCCAGGCCGCGUUUAUGGCACUCUCGGGAGGUCCGCUGCCACCGGAUCGGGCUCUCUCGGUCUUUCUCCGUGGGUCCGGCGACGGCGGCGCCCCAGCUGACGCACUGCAUGCUGCGCUCUCGCUCGCCGAUGCUAUGUCGUCAUCACGGGCCGACGCACGGACAGGGAGCCAGCGGAUCCGACGUGCGCUGGCCAUGGUUGCUGCCGGACACCACGAGGGCCACAGCGAGCUGGCGGUUGCGGUUCGCGAGGGCGCACUCACCAUGCGCGCUGGCGCGAUGGACGCGCCAGUGGUCUCGGGCGUGGCGUCGCGGCUGACGGCGACGCUGACCAGCUCGAGCAGCUCGAUCCAGGACCGGGCACGUGCGUCGAGCACGCUUGUGGCUGCGCUUGCCUCGCUGGAGCACCACCUGGAGGCGUCUGCAACGAGCGGAUUCUCGACGGGAGAUGCGAGCGCGGCACACUGCGCUGUCCGCGAGGCCGGCGUUCUUCUGGCGUCGACCGCUGUCCGCAACCCGGUCUCGGACUCGGUAGUUGCGCAGGUCGACGCGGCGGUGGCAAGCGCACUGACAGCGCUCGGUGACCUCCCACACGGCAUGCCGCUCGGCGAGGCGUACGCCACCAUAGAGUACGGGACCGGACGGCUGUUUGUGGCGGGUGGGCAGAUGUCGCAUGUGCCAGCGUCAGGCGAGGUUGUGGGCAGCAUCGAGUCGGCGGUGCGGUCAGUGAUGCAGGCACUGUCGACGUCGGACGCUGGCGCUGCGAGCGCCGUCCGGCGUGAGCUAGCGGUUGCGCUGCGCAUGUUUUCGGCAGCGGCCAGCCCAGGCAGCGGCAAGUCUGAGGCCGAAAUGGUGUUGGAGACACUGGAGCAGCUGGAGCACUCUGUGGUCAAGGCCGUGACCGGUCUGCACAUGCAGCGGUGGCCUGGUGACACCAGCAUGAGUGCGGAGGAGCUGAUGGCGCUCCUCUCACGAGCGCUGUGUGUCAUGCACGCACAGAGCCAGCUCGGGCCCAAGGGUUCAGGCAAGCACGCCUGGACGGAUCCGGAUGUUGUGGUUGGGAUGCGACUGGGAGUGCGGCUGCUGGCGCGAUCGAUGGAGGAGUCAGGCCUCCGGCCAGACAGCGUUCUCAAGGCGAUGCGAAAGAUCAACGCUGCGCUUGGAGCGCUGGUCGCCGGUGGCGGCUCGCUCUCGGGUCGCGAGUCGCGAGUGUGGCGCGAGUUCCGCCACUUGCGUGCGGCGCUGUUGCGGGCGCUGUUUGAGGCACGCCCAGGGCGGCGAGUCGGUGAGCCCGAAGGCUCGUCGGCCGAGCUCUCGGCCCUGCCUGCGAUGUGGGAGCAGGUGCGUGCGGGCGCGGCGACGGUGCCGUCGCUGGUGAGCGUGUCGUUGGAUGGGCUGGCGACCAAAGUGGUGCUCCUGCUGGAGGGCUUUCUCUCUGCACGCGAUGCGGACUCGCUCCUUGUAUCACCGCUCGACGACGCGCUGGCGCAGUUCCAAACCGAGUACGGCAUGGUGGUGCUGCGGGCGGUGCCGGACGUGCAGCCGCGGCCGCGGGUGGAUGCUGCGCUUGGCCAUCUUUCGCAGCUGGUGCACAUGGCGCUGGACAAGCUGGUGGCUGCACCGCUUCCGCUCCACGCUGUGGAGGAGGUGUGGCACACGGGGUCCGGCAACCGCGGGAGCGCGGCGUCACUACAGGAGGCCGAGGCUAUCAUGGAGACGCUGGGACCGUUCUCGGCCGGGUCGUCGGCUGCGGAGCUGAACGAGGCAUACGCUGCACUGCGCGAGGCGCCGAGCUCAGAGGACGCCAUUAACGUGUUUGACGCCGCGGUGGCCGACCGAAUGGCGGCAGUGCGGCUGCUCUCAGUCUCGCAGCUCGAGGCCGGGUACGCAGCCGGGCGCGAGGCGCUCGAGGCAGCUGAUGGGCCGCUGGAGUAUGUGAUGGGCGAGAAGCUGAAGCGCGCGGUGCAGGGCAUGGCCAUGCGGCUGGCCGACGCCGCACCGCGGCAAGGCGAUGACUUUGCCGACGCGCUAUGCGGGCUGGAGGCUGCCGAAGCUGCACUGGAGGGCUCGCUGCAGACCGGUGGAGCACGAACCGAGGUAGACGCGGCACUGCGGGCACUGGAUGGCGCGUUUGUACAGGCUGUGGCGGUUUUCUCGCCGUUUGGCCACGUUUCGUCGUCGUCGUCGUCGCUCUGGCACAUGCAAGACCGGAUGGAGGCGAUGAGUGCGCUGGCUGUGUCCGGCGAGCUGGGAGCGAACCCGAAGCACGCGGGCGUGGCGGCCGACGAGGCCGAGGAGCUCUCAGUUCAGCUUGGCAAGCUCCUGCCCGAGACCGAUGUCGGACGAGCACUGGCGGCCGAGCUGCAGGCGCAGUCGGAGCUUGUGGCGUCUGCGCUCCGGUUGGGCUCACUGGCGCCGUCGGAAAUGCGGAGCGCGGUGGGCGGGCUUGACGCUUCGGUCCACCGCGCGGUGAGCUUGCUGCGGUCAGACGGUGCGUCUGCGACGUCAGCAGAAGCACUGGCCUUUGAGGUCUCUGCAGCGUGCUCGCAAGUCCAGGGCGCCCUUGCUGCGGCAGGCGAUGCAGAGACGACGUCGAGCGAUACAGCGGGCUUGCUCGAGGCGGUUGAGAGCGGGCUGGAGGAGGUGGCUCGGGUGGUGGAUGCGCUCGAGUCUGAAGGCGCAGGUGGGAGCGGGGAGCUCUCUGCGCAAGUUGUGCGAGUCCGCGCUGCUGCGCGCGAUGCCGACGGCGGCGAGCUGGUGGCGCGUGUCGAGGCGGCCGGGUGGCGCGAGGUUCGCGGUGCGGUGGAGGCCGCGGUCGGCGAGAUCGGGCGGCGGCUAGACGCGGCGCGCGUGGAGGAGAUCGGAAGUCAGCUGGAGAGCAUUGUUGCCGAGGCUGUGUCGCGGACCGAGCGCGUGGUCGAGGCCGAGUGGCGCGGGAUGGAUGUGGUGGAGGCGCAGGUGCGCAGCUUGAGCGAGUCGUGCCAGGCGCUGACAGCGUUUGCCGAGACGCACGCGCCGCGUGAGGCCGCCGAGGACACGGCGGCGGCGGUGGCGGCACUCCGUCAGGCUGUGAGCGAGGUGAGCGCGAGCGUGGCGGCGGGCGCGGCGCAACCUGGACAGCCAUCGCGACCUGGAGUCAAGGGCAUGCAGCGGCCGGAGCAAGCCAAGGUCUUUCUCGCGCUGUCCGAGGUCCGCGAAGCGACGCGCAGCGUGCGGAAUGAGAUGGUGGCUUCCGACAGAAGCGAGUCGACGCUUCUGGAUGCGCUGCUCCGCUGCACGCGGCUGGAGCAGGAUGCGCUCGACGCGGUGGCUUGCGAGAGUGAGGAGGCCGGUGUGGCUGUGGGCGCCUACGCUACGGCGCUCGAGUGCGUGGCCAACUCGGGCGCGGUGUCGUCUGCGGCGAGCGCGGCGCUCCUGGAGACUGCAUCGACGCUGCGGAGCGGGGUUGCGGGCGAUGGCGAUGCAGCCGAGGCGCAGUCACGGGUAGCUGCGGCACUGGAGCAUGCUGGCGCGGUGGUUGCGCGGACCGUGGGCGCUGCGGUUGUGGCGCGGCAAAUGGCCGGCGCUGUAGCGCGGGUCAAGGCGGCCAAGCACCAGGUGGCAGCCGAGAUGAACGCCGGCGGGCAGCGGCGGCCGCUGAGCCUGGAGCGACUUCUCCGGGCUGCGGAUCGGACUAACGAGGCGCUGACUGCGGUGAGCGUGGCGGCAGCGACCGAAGUGGCCGCAAGCAGUGCCGCGCUGGACGCCAGCGAGCGAGUGAGCAUGAUCGAUGACGGGGCGUUGCGCAAGGCGCGGACGCGACUGGCGGCGGCGACUGCGGCUGCGCAGUUAGCGGCCGGCUCGCACGCGCUGCCAAGCUCGAAGAAGGUCCAGGCUGUGGCGUCGCAGCUCGGACAGGCACAACGCGCAGUGCUCGCGCUGUUGGAUAGUCAGCUCAAGUCUGCAAGCGAGGACGUGGCGCUUUCGUCAAUCGAGGCACAGGCGGAGAUGUGCGAGCAGGGCGCGUUGUCUGGACUCUCUGCCAGCAACCUGCAUCAAGCGACGGCAUGUGCGAGCGGGCUCUCCGGAUGCGUGGCGGAGCUUGUGGCGCGGCUGCAGGCGCUCGAGGUGCCGAUGGCUCCCGCGACGGCGGACAAGAUUGCUGGAAAAAAGGUGGAGCUGGUGCAGUCUGCCCACGAGCUUGCGGACGCGACGCGGUCGCUGGAAAGCAUUGCCCGCGAGACACCGAGUGAGAGCUCUGGACAGGAGCACAAGCACAAGGUGGUGGUGGCGAGCAAGCGGCUGUCGAACGCAGUGACGCACGCGAUGACACUUUCCCACGAGGCGCUUGUGGGGCUGCGUGCGCGCGAGUCUGCGCGUGCGCAGGCGCGGGCAGCGGCGCGCAAGCGGGCGCGUGCGGCGCGUCAGGCGUUCUUUGCGGCACGGCUGGCGCACUACGCAGCGCUCUCGCCAUCACCGGUGGCAAGCCGCGACGGCGAAAGCGGCAAGACGAAGCGGCAGAGCCGGGUUGGGGCAUCGCCGCGGACGCGGCGGCUUCGCUACGUGCGGGCCAAGGCGUCGCCUGGUGCGGAAAGGCUUUCGCCGCGUGCGCCUGCGCUGUCGCGGGCGCGGAUGGUGGCCAAGGCGCGUGCGCUGCGUGCGCGCGAGAAGCGAUGGGUCGGCGUGGGCAGCUCGAGCUCGCCGCGUGCCGGUGCGCGCGUUUACGAGGAGGUGCGGUCUGAGCGGCUGCCUCGUACGGUGUAUCGCGACGGCAUGGGCGUGACAGGUUACGGGCUGACCGAGGAGGAGCGGUUGGAGACUGUGGACGACGCAGAGAUGCGGGCGCGUGUGCGGGCUGGGCGCGAGGCCGAGCGGGCUGCGCGGCGCGAGCUGACGCGGAGCAUGCGGAGCAAGCUGAGCGACGGGCGGCGGCGGGCGCGGGAGGCGCACGAGUCCGAGGCGCGGGCCAAUCGCGAGGCGAUCAAGCGCGAGGAGGAGCGGCUGCGGGCAAAGGCCAAGGCGGCGCGGGAGGAGGAGCUUGAGCGGAAGCGCAAGAAGAUCUGGCAGCGGCGAAUGGCUGCGCGGAAGAAGGAGCUCGGGUCGUAGAGCAAGGGGACGAUUAACACGUGUGUUUAGAUGCUCUGAUUGUGACGUUGACGAGGACGACUCGUACGUGAUGCUGCGGAUGGCUGCGCGGGUCAUUGGUUCCAGAUAGACGAAGGCGCGGCGGUCGAGUGAGAGUGAGAGGCGUGGCGUGGCGGGCCUGCUGCGCGGAGGGUGUCGAUGAACGAGGUGUUCAUCGAGGAAGAGAGCUUGUCGAGCUCUGGGGCGGGCGGGCGGCGGUGGCGGUG